AUGGCCAGCUUCUUCGAUCUCAAAGCCCGGCAGGCCGCCGCCGCCGCCGCAAGCUCCUCCAAAGCUCCCACCACCAAGCCCGAGACAGGCAGCCUACAGCCCUGGGUCGAGAAAUACCGCCCCAAAUCCCUCUCCGACGUCAACGGCCAAGACCACACCGUCACCGUCCUCUCCCGCACGCUCCAAUCCUCCAACCUCCCACACAUGCUCUUCUACGGGCCCCCCGGCACCGGCAAAACCUCGACCAUCCUCGCCCUCGCCAAGCAGCUCUACGGGCCCGACCUGAUCAAGACGCGGGUGCUGGAGCUCAACGCGUCCGACGAGCGCGGCAUCGCCAUCGUGCGGGAAAAAGUCAAAAACUUCGCGCGGCAGCAGCUGUCGAACGCGCCGCCGGCGAGCACGGCGUACCGGCAGCGGCACCCGUGCCCGCCGUUCAAGAUCGUCAUCCUCGACGAGGCGGACAGCAUGACGCAGGACGCGCAGAGCGCGCUGCGCCGCACCAUGGAGACGUAUUCGCGCAUCACGCGCUUCUGUCUCGUGUGCAACUACGUCACGCGCAUCAUCGACCCGCUCGCGAGCCGGUGCAGCAAGUUCAGGUUCAAGAGCUUGGAUGCCGGCAGUGCGACGGCGCGGUUGGGGGAGAUUGCGGCGUGUGAGGGGGUGGUGCUGGGGGAGGGCGCGACGGAGGCGCUGGUGCGGGUGAGCGAGGGCGAUUUGCGAAAGGCGAUUACGUUUUUGCAGAGUGCGGCGAGGUUGGUGGGGGCGGUCAAGGCGGUGGAGGGGGGCGCGCAGCAGCAGGGGGGGAGGAAGAGGGGGGCGGCGGCGAGGGUCGUCGAGGAUGAUGAUGAUGAUGAUGAUGAUGACGGCGAUGAGAUGGAUGUGGAUGAGAAGAGCGGCGGCGGCGCUGGCGAGAAGACCAAGACUCCCGUGUCGGUGCCUGUCAUUGAGGAGAUUGCGGGCGUGAUACCCGGUCCGACCAUGGAGCGGCUGUACGACGCCAUGCAGCCGCGCGCCAAGGGCAAGGUCUACGCCGAUGUGGCGCAGGCGGUCGAGGACAUGGUGGCCGACGGCUGGAGCGCGACGCAGCUGGUCGCGCAACUGUAUGAGAUGGUGCUGUUCGACGAGAAGGUCGAGGACCUCAAGAAGAACAAGAUCACGCUUGUCUUCUCUGAGACGGACAAGAGAUUGGUCGAUGGCGCGGACGAGCACCUGGAGAUUCUGGAUCUUUGCUUGAGGAUUGCGGGCAUCCUGGCUGACGGUUGA